AUGACCAGGGCAUCAGUAACCAAUGAGAGCGGGGCAUCAGUAACCAAUGAGAGCGGGGCACCAGUAACCAAUGAGAGCGGGGCACCAGUAACCAAUGAGAGCGGGGCUACAGUAACCAAUGAGAGCGGGGCUUCAGUAACCAAUGAGAGCGGGGCAUCAGUAACCAAUGAGAGCGGGGCAUCAGUAACCAAUGAGAGCGGGGCAUCAGUAACCAAUGAGAGCGGGGCACCAGUAACCAAUGAGAGCGGGGCUACAGUAACCAAUGAGAGCGGGGCUACAGUAACCAAUGAGAGCCGGGCUACAGUAACCAAUGAGAGCGGGGCUUCAGUAACCAAUGAGAGCGGGGCAUCAGUAACCAAUGAGAGCGGGGCAUCAGUAACCAAUGAGAGCGGGGCAUCAGUAACCAAUGAGAGCGGGGCAUCAGUAACCAAUGAGAGCGGGGCAUCAGUAACCAAUGAGAGCGGGGCAUCAGUAACCAAUGAGAGCGGGGCAUCAGUAACCAAUGAGAGCGGGGCAUCAGUAACCAAUGAGAGCGGGGCUUCAGUAACCAAUGAGAGCGGGGCAUCACUAACCAAUGAGAGCGGGGCUUCAGUAACCAAUGAGAGCGGGGCUUCAGUAACCAAUGAGAGCGGGGCUUCAGUAACCAAUGAGAGCGGGGCUUCAGUAACCAAUGAGAGCGGGGCAUCAGUAACCAAUGAGAGCGGAGCUCCAGUAACCAAUGAGAGCGGGGCAUCACUAACCAAUGAGAGCGGGGCUUCAGUAACCAAUGAGAGCGGGGCUUCAGUAACCAAUGAGAGCGGGGCUUCAGUAACCAAUGAGAGCGGGGCAUCACUAACCAAUGAGAGCGGGGCUUCAGUAACCAAUGAGAGCGGAGCAUCAGUAACCAAUGAGAGCGGAGCUUCAGUAACCAAUGAGAGCGGGGCUUCAGUAACCAAUGAGAGCGGGGCUUCAGUAACCAAUGAGAGCGGGGCUUCAGUAACCAAUGAGAGCGGGGCUCCAGUAACCAAUGAGAGCGGGGCUUCAGUAACCAAUGAGAGCGGGGCUUCAGUAACCAAUGAGAGCGGGGCUACAGUAACCAAUGAGAGCGGAGCAUCAGUAACCAAUGAGAGCGGGGCUUCAGUAACCAAUGAGAGCGGAGCAUCAGUAACCAAUGAGAGCGGAGCUUCAGUAACCAAUGAGAGCGGAGCUUCAGUAACCAAUGAGAGCGGGGCAUCAGCAACCAAUGAGAGCGGGGCUUCAGUAACCAAUGAGAGUGGGGCUUCAGUAACCAAUGAGAGCGGGGCUUCAGUAACCAAUGAGAGCGGGGCAUCAGUAACCAAUGAGAGCGGGGCAUCAGUAACCAAUGAGAGCGGGGCUUCAGUAACCAAUGAGAGCGGGGCAUCAGUAACCAAUGAGAGCGGGGCAUCAGUAACCAAUGAGAGCGGGGCAUCAGUAACCAAUGAGAGCGGGGCUUCAGUAACCAAUGAGAGCGGGGCAUCAGUAACCAAUGAGAGCGGGGCAUCAGUAACCAAUGAGAGCGGGGCAUCAGUAACCAAUGAGAGCGGGGCUCCAGUAACCAAUGAGAGCGGGGCUCCAGUAACCAAUGAGAGCGGGGCAUCAGUAACCAAUGAGAGCGGGGCAUCAGUAACCAAUGAGAGCGGGGCUUCAGUAACCAAUGAGAGCGGGGCAUCAGUAACCAAUGAGAGCGGGGCAUCAGUAACCAAUGAGAGCGGGGCAUCAGUAACCAAUGAGAGCGGGGCAUCAGUAACCAAUGAGAGCGGGGCAUCAGUAACCAAUGAGAGCGGGGCAUCAGUAACCAAUGAGAGCGGGGCAUCAGUAACCAAUGAGAGCGGGGCAUCAGUAACCAAUGAGAGCGGGGCUUCAGUAACCAAUGAGAGCUAUGUCACUAGGAUUGUGAUGGGAGUAGAUAACAUAGAUCGAAGUGUGCAAGAUCUAAGUGAGAUCGAUUCUGAUAAGAUGAUUAACAUCCUAUCAGAUGUUAAUCGGGUCUUUCAAUGCGCCACAGAUAAUAAUAUGGUGUUUAAUGAAGAUAAGCUCCAGGUCUUUGGAAAAAAAUACGAAAAUGUAAAAACAGAAACCAUAAAUAUAAAAAGGAAUCAAAUCACUUUUUAA